UUGUUUAUCACGCGCCGAUUCUGCAUCUUCAUGCCGUUGCCAUUCAUUUCCUUGAGACUGGGUUCGUAUAGCUGCGUGUGUGUGCUUGAUCCACAGGACCAGUGUGGAGCUCCUGAGAGCAUGGCUGGUGCUGAGGGUGCUGACAGCACUGCAGAGGGCACAUCCAUGCUGGCGGAGGAUGUGAGGCGUUUCGAUGAUCCCGGCCCAGCCGUGGCAACGAUCGCCGCGGCGCCUCCGGUCUCGGUCACGAGACCCGCUGCUGUUCCUGCAGUUCCACAGAGCACUGAAGGCCAUCUGCAAGUGGGUGGCUCCUCCUCCAGCGCAGUGGUGCUUCCCCACUUGAAUCCCUUGAAUGGACGCUCGUGGCCGUGGCCUCCCAGUCCGGUGCCACACCACCGGGCCGGCGAGCGGCGGCAGCGGGCGCGGGACGCCUUCAACAUGCAGGAGUUGCUCUUCGGCGAUGCUCUCGCCCAGCGGGAUUUCAGUGAUCCCUCGGUGGAAGAUAUUGGGCAGCUGCUCAGCGACGACUCCCCAGCCCUCAAUGGGUGGGGCCGCGGGAGCUUUCGCGUGCAGUUGCGAGAUCUUCAGACGUUGAUCCGAGACGUGGAGGGCCGAGAAUUGGACAACAGCGAAGUGGCUUGGGUUCUUCGCCUGGCGCUCCGGAAGCAAGAAGGUCCAGCAUUGUUGAGACCCUCCUGCUUGAGAUAUGCGCUCUUGGCUCGCCAUGGAUUCCAGUCCCUGUCCUUCCCCGAACUGCAGCUGAUGGCCUUGCUCAAAGUGCGUGCCGACAAGAAUGGAGCGGAUGCCAACUUUGUCCAGGGCGUGGAUCUUCGGGAGCUGAAGCGUUUGAUGGAGCAGCUCAAUGGUCAGUUGCCCGUCCUCGACGAGGAGGUCGAUGCCGUGGUCCACGAGGCCCUGCUUCUAAGUGGUUCGGAUACAAUCAGCCGUGGAGAUCUCAUGCGCGGUCUUGGCGCUUGGUAUGUGAAUGUGCAAAGGA